AUGCGUCGGCAAGUGCGGCGAGGCGACGGCAUCACGCUGCCGUCGGUCUUUAUCGAAUUCUAUACGCAGGAGGCGGCGCAGGCGGCGCACCAAGUUUUGACCCAUCACCGGCCGUUGCAAAUGUCGUCGCGCCUGCUUGGUAUUCGACCCGACGAAAUCAUUUGGUCCUGCCUGCGGAUGCCGUGGUGGGAACUCAUUAUUCGACGUUUUGGCAUCUUGACCUUGGUGACGACGGCGAUCAUCUUUUGGGCGAUUCCCUCAGCCUUGAUCGGCACAAUAAGCAAUGUUGAAGGCCUGACCCAGAAGAUCAAGUUUCUCGGCUUUCUCAACAAGCUGCCUGGCGUGAUUCUUAGCUUUGUCCAGAGUUUUAUGCCGGCAGCAGCCUUGUCUCUGUUGAUGGCCGCGGUGCCUUGGAUGCUACGAUUCUGUGGCGCCCAGUCUGGCAUACCGACGACAACGCGAGUCGAAUUGUUCGUCCAAAACGGAUAUUUUGCUUUUCAGGUUGUUCAAGUCUUCCUCAUCACCACCCUCACUUCGGCGGCGUCAUCGGCUCUGGGCGACAUUCUGAAGAACCCUCUUGGCGCAAAGGACGUCCUGGCGCAAAACAUUCCAAAGGCGUCCAAUUUCUACCUGUCCUACAUCAUGAUUCAGUGCCUGAUGAGCGGGGGAUUGCGCCUCAUUCAGAUCUUUGGUUUGAUUCGGCAUCACGUCAUUAGCCGCGUGAGCGAGGUUCCUCGCUCGCGGUACAAGCGCUGGUGUAAGCUUGAACCGGCACAUUGGGGUGGCGUGUAUCCUGUCUAUACCAACAUGGGCGUCAUUGCCCUCAGCUACUCCUGCAUUGCGCCGCUCGUCCUCCUCUUUGCCGCCGGAGGGCUGUUUGUCACGCAAGUAGUUUGGAAGUACAACCUGCUCUACGUGCUCGACUCCGAUAUGGACACCAAAGGGCUCUUCUAUCCCCGGGCUCUCAUCCACUUGACCAUUGGCCUCUAUCUUGCCGAAAUCUGUCUUAUAGGCUUGUUCGCGUUGAAAAGUGCCUUUGGGCCUUUGGCCUUGAUGGUCAUGUUCUUCAUUUUCACGGGUCUGGUGCAUUUCUCCCUCAGCGACGCAAUCGCGCCUCUUUUGCUCAAUUUGCCGCAGACAUUGCCUCUCGAGGGCGAAAUCCAGGCAGAGGAAAAAGCAAAGGCAUUACGAGAGCAGGAACUUGCCACUGCGAGGCUGGAGGGGGACAGCGGGAUAACGGGCGCGGCGAAUGACUACUAUGAUUCCGAACAAGUCUUUGGCGACGAGGAGCCCAUGGAGCAGUCGGACGUGGAGGAGGAGCAAGAAGACGAGGAGGAAUCCGGCGACGAACACGGUCCCAUCACCGGAACUCGAGCCGUUGAGGGUGCAGCCAGCAUCGGGGCCACGCUGAAGGAAUGGGCCAAGGCUACGACCCAAGCGAAGGUUGACAAGGAGAUCAACAGAUCCGGCUUCAACGAGUUCCUGGCCAAGAUGCAGUUCUGGAACCACGACAAGAACGCCACCAACGAACCCCCGGGCUUCUUGACAAAAUGGCUGCAUCCAGAAGAAUAUGAAGAUUUCGUGGCGUUGCGGAACACCAUACCCGGGGACCAACUGCCUCAUGUUGAAUACCCGUCCGAGUUUAAGAAGCGAUGCUACCUUCCGCCCGAGACGUGGGCGCCAAAAACCACUUUGUGGAUACCUCGAGAUGAUGCCAGAGUCAGCAGACAGGAGGUUGCUCACACGAGGAAAUACACUCCAAUUUCGGACAAGGGCGCGGCCUUGGACGAGAAGGGGAGGGUUGUGGUCUAUUUCGACCAGGCACCGAUGAAGGAAGCUAGGUUGCUCCUGUAA